CACAAUUUUAUCUUAGUGCCAUCUCUCAGCAGGUUCUUUCACUGGAAGAUAAGAGCACGACCGCCCAAAAGGCAUCCAACUCGAUCCUUUCACCCCCGAAAACGAGAUAACGGCACACCGUGACUGCGCAAUGUCCCGAGCAAAGUUUACCAUGUGUAAAGCAAAGACAAACGAACAUGACCAACAACCUCAGCUGAUGAUUCUAAACAAGAAGCCCGACCUGAAUUCACGAUUGACGCCCCAUCUGAAGAGGACGACCGAUGUGGAUUCUUGCGGACAUGCAGAGCUCUCUACCGCCCUACCGAAGAAACCAACGAGUCCCUUCGCUGCACCAAGAAGAGCGGGGCCGACCUUCAAUACCAGGCAUCGAGACCAUGAUAGCGCCGCUCUUCGCUUCUGUUGGAUGUUGUCUUGGAGAUCAAAGUUUGCGUACUGGGAGUUCCGGGCGGCCCCAAAUCCUCUCCAAGACCUAAACCUAGACCACAGCGUAAGCAGGAGAUCAUCUACGGCUGACGAGAUGGUCUACAAGGAUGACCAAGAGAGCGAUGAGGGCCGAGGAAUCCGACUCGAGUAUUUUGCUUCUGUUGAAGCACGUUACUUCCUCCACCCAACGCGUAUUGAAUGCGACAUUUAA